AUGCUCUUUCUAAUUCUCGCCCUUGCCACGUUUGUGGCCCUCGUCCAAGGCCAGGCAGCCGCUGGCGGAGGUGGUGCGGGUACCCCAAUCAUCGUCGUGAAGCCAAAGCCAGGCGAGACGAUUGUCCCCGUCAACCUGAGCACAUCAUCCGCGUACGUCUAUUGGGGCGGUGACUGGACCCCGGCGACGAGCGCGUGUUCGCAGGAUGCCAUGAAUCUGUCCUCGGACGGUAACGGAACGGUGUCGUUUGGUGACGGCAUCGCUGGUUAUACCAUGUCCAUUACGCUCGACGCUGGCGGCAGCGUCAUUAUUUACAACGGCAACGAGGCGGCCACAUACAAGCACGACGACCUUGUCUCCUUGGGCACUUACAACGGAUGCAAUGUGACUGGUGGGUCAGGCCAGCUCCAGAUCAACCAAAUUACGGGCUACAACAGCUCGGCGGACAUGCAGAGCUUUAUCAGCGCUGCCACAAGCACGGUCACCAGCGAGCCUCUUGCCCAGGCCACGAUGAACGCAAACACGUCUGCUGGCAGUGGCAAUGGAAGCACUGCGAGUGCCACUGGCAGCGGCAGUUCAGCGACGGGCUCAAAGGCGGCGACGUCGACUGCGUCUUCGACCUCCACUGGGUCCAAGGCCGGGGACGCUGUGGCCCGUGCCGGUAUUUCAGACGCUGCACUUGUGUCCUGUGCAGUUGUCUUGCUGCUGUCGAUCUUGUCGUUCUGA